UUGUGACAGAUUUUCUAAGAAACGCAGACAUUAACGGUGGCAAAGUGAGGGUCGGCGUGCUGAGGUUUAAUAACAAGGUAACAAUGCCCGUCCAGCUUAACACAUACGUGUCAAAGGUUGAUCUACUCAAUGCCAUUGAGAAUAUCAAAUAUGAACCAGGAGAUUCAAAUAUUGCAGGAGGCUUGAGGGCGGUCAAGCGAAAUAUGUUUACCAGACCAAAUGGAGAUCGUCCAGAUGUUGCCAACUCUGCCAUUCUUGUUAGUGCUGGACAGUCCAAACUCUUACAGAAAUGGGUUAGACCGGCUUCCAAAUCUGCUAAGCGAUCAGGAAUUUCCAUUUACGGUGUUGGUGUUGGCCUUGGCGGAAUCAAAGAGUUGAACUCAGUCGUGAGCAGCCCUGUAAACAGAUACAGAUUCGUGGCACCUAGUUUCAACAAACUUGAUGUAAUCAAAGAUGAUCUGUCAUUUGCAGUGUUUGGGGAAGUAAUAACAACAACUGAAAGAUCAACCGCUACAACAUCAUUUUCAACCAAACCUCAAAAGAAAAUUAUAUCCACUUGGCAACCUGAAGACAGAGUUACACCAAGGCAAACUGAAGACAGGAUUACACCAAGGCAACCUGAAGACAGAGUUACACCAAGGAAACCUGAAGACAGAGUUACACCAAGGCAACCUGAAGACAGGGUUACAACAAGAAAACCAGAAGACAAAGUUGGAGACAAAGUUACGCUAAGACAACCUGAAGACAGAGUAACACCAAGGCAACCUGAGUACAGAGUUUCACCAAGGCAACCCGAAGACAGAGUUACACCAAGGCAACCUGAAGACAGAGUCACACCACGGCAACCUGAAGACAGAGUUACCCCAAGACCAAGUGAGGACAGAGUUACACCAAGGCAACCUGAAGACAGGGUUCCACCAAGAGAACCUGAAGACAAAGUUACGCUAAGGCAACCUGAAGACCGAGUUACACCAAGGCAGCCUGAAGACAUAUUUUCACCAAGGCAACCUGAGGACAGGGUUACACCAGGGCAACCUGAAGACAGGUUUACACCAAGAGAACCUGAAGACAGGGUUACACCAAGGCAACCUGAGGACAGGGUUUUACCAAGACAACCUGAUGUCAGGGUUACACCAAGACAACCUGAAGAUAGAGUAACACAAAGACAACCUGAAGACACGAUCACACCAAGGCAAGCUUUAGACAGAGGUACCACAAGGCAACCUGAAGACAGGUUUACACCAAGACAGCAUGAGUACAGAGUUACACUAAGACAACCUGAAGACAGAGUUACACCAAUGCAACCUGAAUACAGUGUUACAACAAGAAAACCAGAAGACAAAGUUACGCUAAGACAACCUGAAGACAGAGUAACACCAAGGCAACCUGAGUACAAAGUUUCACAAAGGCAACCUGAAGACAGAGUUACACCAAGGCAACCUGAAGACAGAGUCACACCACGGCAACCUGAAGACAGAGUUACCCCAAGACCAAGUGAGGACAGAGUUACACCAAGGCAACCUGAAGACAGGGUUCCACCAAGAGAACCUGAAGACAAAGUUACGUUAAGGCAACCUGAAGACAGAGUUACACCAAGGCUGCCUGAAGACAUGUUUUCACCAAGGCAACCUGAGGACAGCGUUACACCAGGGCAACCUGAAGACAGGUUUACACCAAGAGAACCUGAAGACUGGGUAACACCAAAGCAACCUGAGGACAGGGUUACACCAAGACAACCUGAUGUCAGGGUUACACCAAGACAACCUGAAGACAGAGUUACGCCAAGGCAAUCUGAAGACAGGGUUACAGAAAGACAACCCGUAGACAGAGUUGCCCCAAGGCAACCUGAAGACAGGUUUACACCAAGAAAGCCUGAGGACAGAGUUACACUAAGACAACCUGAAGACAAAGUUACACCAAGGCAACCUAAAGACAGAGUUACACUAAGGCAACCUGAAGACAGAAUUACACCAAGGCAACCUUUAGACAGGUUUACACCAAGGCAACCCAAAGACAAGUUUACACCAACUCAACCUGAAGACAGGGUUACACAAAGACAGCCUAAGGACAGGGUUACACCAAGGCAACCUGUAGACAGGUUUACACUAACGCAAACUGAUGAUAGGGUUACAGAAAGGCAACCUGAAGAAAGGGUUACACCAAGGCAACCUGAAGACAGAGGUAAACCAAAACAACCUGAAGACACAGUUACACCGAGACAACCUGAAGACAAAGUGACACUAAGGCAACCUGAAGACAGGGUUACCACAAAGAAACCUGACGGCACAAUUACACCAAGGCAACCUAAAGACAGGCUUACACUAACCCAACUAGAAGACAGGGUUACACAAAGAAAACCUGAAGACAGGGUUACACCCAUGCAACCUGAGGACAGGAUUACAUCAAGAAAGCCUGAGGACAGAGUUACACUAAGACAACCUGAAGACAAAGUUACACCAAGGCAACCUAAAGACAGAGUUACACUAAGGCAACCUGAAGACAGAAUUACACCAAGGCAACCUGUAGACAGGUUUACACCAAGGCAACCCAAAGACAAGUUUACACCAACGCAACCUGAAGACAGGGUUACACAAAGACAGCCUGAGGACAGGGUUACACCAAGGCAACCUGUAGACAGGUUUACACUAACGCAAACUGAUGAUAGGGUUACAGAAAGGCAACCUGAAGAAAGGGUUACACCAAGGCAACCUGAAGACAGAGGUAAACCAAAACAACCUGAAGACACAGUUACACCAAGACAACCUGAAGACAAAGUGACACUAAGGCAACCUGAAGACAGGGUUACCACAAAGAAAUUUGACACCACAAUUACACCAAGGCAACCUAAAGACAGGCUUACACUAACCCAACUAGAAGACAGGGCUACACAAAGAAAACCUGAAGACAGGGUUACACCCAUGCAACCUGAAGACAGGUUUACACCAAGGCAACCUAAAGAUAGGGUUACUACAAGAGAACCCGAAGAUUGGGUUACAACAAGACAACCUGAAGACAGGCUUCCUCCAAAGCAACCUGAAGACAAGGUUACACCAAGAGAACCUGAAUACAGGGUUACACCAAGGCAACCUGAAGACAGAAUUACACCAAGACAACCUGAAGACAGAGAUACACCAAGGCAUCCUGAAGACAGAAUUACACCAAGGCAACCUGAGGACAGAAUUACACCAAGACAACCUAUUGACAGAGAUACACCAAGGCAACCUGAAGACAGGGUUACACCAAGAGAACCUGAAGACAGGGUUACGCCAAAAGAACUUGAAGAGAGGGUUACACCAAGGCAACCUGAAGACAGGGUUACUCCAAGUGACAUUGAAGACAAGCCACCAAUGUUGCUCUCUGCUGAGCGUGAUUUAAUAUUUAUGUUGGACUCAUCCAGCUAUGUUUCCGAGUUAGAAUUCCGCAAGCAGAUUGAUUUUGUGACAGAUUUUCUAAGAAACGCAGACAUUAACGGUGGCAAAGUGAGGGUCGGCGUGCUGAGGUUUAAUAACAAGGUAACAAUGCCCGUCCAGCUUAACACAUACGUGUCAAAGGUUGAUCUACUCAAUGCCAUUGAGAAUAUCAAAUAUGAACCAGGAGAUUCAAAUAUUGCAGGAGGCUUGAGGGCGGUCAAGCGAAAUAUGUUUACCAGACCAAAUGGAGAUCGUCCAGAUGUUGCCAACUCUGCCAUUCUUGUUAGUGCUGGACAGUCCAAACUCUUACAGAAAUGGGUUAGACCGGCUUCCAAAUCUGCUAAGCGAUCAGGAAUUUCCAUUUACGGUGUUGGUGUUGGCCUUGGCGGAAUCAAAGAGUUGAACUCAGUCGUGAGCAGCCCUGUAAACAGAUACAGAUUCGUGGCACCUAGUUUCAACAAACUUGAUGUAAUCAAAGAUGAUCUGUCAUUUGCAGUGUUUGGGGAAGUAAUAACAACAACUGAAAGAUCAACCGCUACAACAUCAUUUUCAACCAAACAUCAAAAGAAAAUUAUAUCCACUUGGCAACCUGAAGACAGAGUUACACCAAGGCAAACUGAAGACAGGAUUACACCAAGGCAACCUGAAGACAGAGUUACACCAAGGAAACCUGAAGACAGAGUUACACCAAGGCAACCUGAAGACAGGGUUACAACAAGAAAACCAGAAGACAAAGUUGGAGACAAAGUUACGCUGAGACAACCUGAAGACAGAGUAACACCAAGGCAACCUGAGUACAGAGUUUCACCAAGGCAACCCGAAGACAGAGUUACACCAAGGCAACCUGAAGACAGAGUCACACCACGGCAACCUGAGGACAGGGUUACCCCAAGACCAAGUGAGGACAGAGUUACACCAAGGCAACCUGAAGACAGGGUUCCACCAAGAGAACCUGAAGACAAAGUUACGCUAAGGCAACCUGAAGACAGAUUUACACCAAGGCAGCCUGAAGACAUAUUUUCACCAAGGCAACCUGAGGACAGGGUUACACCAGGGCAACCUGAAGACAGGCUUACACCAAGAGAACCUGAAGACAGGGUUACACCAAGGCAACCUGAGGACAGGGUUUUACCAAGACAACCUGAUGUCAGGGUUACACCAAGACAACCUGAAGAUAGAGUUACACAAAGACAACCUGAAGACACGGUCACACCAAGGCAAGCUUUAGACAGAGGUACCACAAGGCAACCUGAAGACAGGUUUACACCAAGACAGCCUGAGGACAGAGUUACACUAAGACAACCUGAAGACAGAGUUACACCAAUGCAACCUGAAUACAGUGUUACAACAAGAAAACCAGAAGACAAAGUUACGCUAAGACAACCUGAAGACAGAGUAACACCAAGGCAACCUGAGUACAGAGUUUCACCAAGGCAACCCGAAGACAGAGUUACACCAAGGCAACCUGAAGACAGAGUCACACCACGGCAACCUGAGGACAGGGUUACCCCAAGACCAAGUGAGGACAGAGUUACACCAAGGCAACCUGAAGACAGGGUUCCACCAAGAGAACCUGAAGACAGGUUUACACCAAGGCAACCUGAAGACAGGGUUACACCAAGGCUACCUGAGGACAGAUUUACACCAAGGCAACCUGACGAUAGGGUUACAAAAAGGGAACCUGAAGACUGGGUUACAACAAGACAACCUGAAGACAGGGUUACCCCAAGGCAACCCAAAGACAAGGUUACACCAAGACAACCUGAAGACAGGGUUACACCAAGACAACCUGAAGACAGAGCAACCUGA